CUUUUUAUUUUUCUGCACUAUAUUACUCUUGUUUAUUCUGCAUAAUAACUUAUAAAUUGCUAGCUGGGAUUACACUACUGGGUUUCGCGAACCCAGUCCCAAAUCUGGGUUCCAUGAGGAACCCAGUUGCUUGAAUCUAAUAAGCUUAUUAUGAACAUCUGACCAUCCGUUCCUUGCACAAUGAAUUCGGAGUUUCUGUUGAUUUCAGUGGAUCUUUGAUGAUGAGAUUUGACAAAAAAGGGAUCAUCAAUCAAAGAACACCAUGAUCUUGAGAUGCUCUUGAAUCGAAGAAGACUCUUGGUGGAUAAGGUGAAGAGAAUGUCUAUGGACGGGUCCAAGGAUUUAAUUAAGUCCUAACUCGCAAGGAUGUAGGAUUUCAUGUCGCCUUCUGCUUCUCCCUUGCCUCCUCUGUUUUCAUGGUCACGAACUCCGACAGCUCCGAUUCCCCUCAUUGGUACGAUUUUGCAGCUUUCAGAUUCGUUCUCGCUGCAAACUCAAUAGUGGCGCUGUACUCCCUCUUCGAAAUGGCCGCCUCCGUCUGGGAGAUCUCCCGCGGAGAUACUCUCUUCCCCGAAAGCCUCCAGGUCUGGUUCGACUUCUGCCACGACCAGGUGUUUGCUUACCUUUUGAUAUCGGUGGCGUCGGCUGGAACAGAGCUGGCGAGGACGCUGAAGGGGAAGGAGACAUGUACUGCGACGAACGCAUUCUACAAUUAUAGCAUUAUAGCAUGCAAUUUGGGACUGGGUUCGCGAAACCCAGUAGCUGGGUUUCAUGAACCCAGGUCUUGGGUUCCUCAUGGAACCCCCUUGCUGGGUUCGCGGAGGAAGAAGGUUGGGAAAGAGGAAGGGGCGGAGGGAUAAGAGAGAAGAAGGGAGGAAGAAGAAGAAGAAUAUAAUAAUAAUGAAUUAUGUGAGUUUUU